AUGGACAAGACCUCUCUCCGUGGAACCAUAUCUCAUCUUGGGGCUCUCAUUCAGGAGCUAAUGAGCGAUGAAGAUCUCAAGCUUUCAGCAUUCUGCACACCUGACAACAUCAAGCCGGCCAAGACUCGACGCAAGUAUGUUCGAGUACCCUGCAAGAUCGAUAUCGUCGUGUGCGGGCCUUUCGGCUUCUUCGACGACAUCGGCGAAUGGCUCGAGGAAAACGACGUGUAUCUUCAGGAUCCCCGCAUCGUAGCCCAAGAUGUCAAGUACUGCAACCCACACCGACUAUCUUUUUCAGGGUGGAAUGAGUGCCCGAUGGUAUCGCAAGUCGUUGCUAAGGUCUCGAAAACCGUCUAUCUCCGCGACAUUACGGACGGAGAUAGCUUUCUUGAUGAUUACUUCUCUUCUGAAGUGGAACUUGAGGAGACUGAACAACCACGAUGCGUCGUGACACCCUUGAAAAGACACCAGAAGCAAGCAUUAACCUUCAUGCUACGGCGGGAAGAGGGCUGGUCUAUGCAAGGACCCCAUAAGGACCUCUGGACAAUCCGAGACAGCGACCAAGGCCGUCUGUUUAUCAACACAAUCUCGCAACUUUGCCAUGAAGAGCCGCCACCGGAGUUGAACGGAGGUAUAAUUGCCGAUCCCAUGGGCCUGGGGAAAACCUUGACCAUGAUCGCAAUGGCGGCUGUGGACGUGGAUGCCGACAAGAAUGCUUUGGCGGAUGAAGAGCUAGAAGUACCGUCUAGACACAUUGUUCGAGCUACUCUCGUCAUUGUUCCUCCAUCUCGAACUCCGAUCCAGAACCAGCUAAACGACCUCGUGACGCUCUUGAAGUUCAUCCGCGCAUAUCCAUACCAUGAAAAACGCAAGUUUGAAGAAGACAUCACCCGACUCCUGAAGGAGGAAGACCCCGAUCAAGAGGGAGUAGCGCGGCUGCAGCGCCUUUCGUCUUGUCUCCUCCUGCGUCGGCCAAAGAGGACGAUUCAACUACCGAGACGAUACGACAAGGAGUGCCCGGUAGAUUUUACAGGCCUCGAAAGAGAAAAGUACAAUGAACUAAAGAAUAGGGCCAUUGUGAGCAUCAAUGCGGCCUUGCAGCAAGGCACUGAUAUGAACAGGUCGGGCAUGUAUGUGAAUAUGCUUCAGCAGAUUGAAUCUCUCAGACUAUUUUGCGAUCUAGGUCUCAAUUACCACACUAGACACGAAGCUAUGGCCCCAACAAUGGGUCAUUCAUCAGACAUGGCUGCGUGGGCGUCGAUUGCACAGCAGGCAUUCAUCUCCCACUUGGAAAUGGGCCCGGUCUACUGCUCGCUGUGCCAGUCGAGCCUGAGCCUAACGGACAUGGAAAAUCCCGUCGACGAUGGAGUCCAGCUGAAAAAGCCCCUAUUCUCUCGAUGUCUAAGAUAUGUCUGCGCCGAAUGCGCCUCCAACCUGUCACGGAAUGGCCGCGCGUUUCAGUGCGAGCACAGCAAUGCAUGUCCAGCCGUACCUGUUUCCAAUAGCAUCUACUCUCUGGAAGAUGUCCACAACGAAAUCCCAGAACCAGAGAAGCUCUCGGAUAGGUUUCCAUCGAAGGUCGUGGCCCUGGUUUCUGACAUCGAAACGCAACCAGUCGAUGUCAAAUGCAUUGUGUUUUCUUCGUGGAGACUCACACUCAAUGUGGUGGAGGCAGGCUUAAACCAGGCUUCGAUUCGCUGUCUCCGAUUUGAUGGUAAAGUUCCCCAAAGCCAGCGCCAGUCAGUCAUAGAUCAGUUCAAGAACGACCCGUCGAUCCGUGUGCUCCUGCUGACUCUCGCGUGCGGAAACUUUGGCUUGACCUUGACCGAGGCUUCUCGAGCGUAUUUGAUGGAACCCCACUGGUGA